GCAAUAAGCAGCGCAUCUGCUCCCUCACAUCCACCCAGGGGCUCUGUGCUCUGCAUCCAGCACAGGGGGAGCCCAGACACUUUCAAUGGAGGAGCAGCCUGGCCAACAGCAGCAUCACUACCAACCCCUUCACUCUCCGUCUUCUCACAGCCAUUAUUACUAUUACAGCAACAGCCAGCAGCAGCACUCGCACAGCCCGCAGCAUGGAGCACAAGGCAGCGCUAAAUUGCAGCCCAAGAAGCCGCUGAAACAUGAGCAGAAACACGCCCUACAGCUCCAGGAAACGCACCAGAAGAAAACAGGCCAUGGAGACCUAAAUGGUACUGCAACAGGAAGAUACUCCUCUCCAAAGACCCUGGACUCGGAAAAGGCUGCAAGUCAGACUGCUUCUCUGGUUACUAACGGGAGCCAACAAGUUGUCGACAGCAACGUCAACUCCAAGCAUUCUUCUAAGGCCCUCAGCUUUGGGAAAAGUGGAAGCAAAGUUAAAACCUUGCUUCAUAAAAACACUAUGGACAAAAAGAAUGAGAAGUCUUACGAAAGCAAACCUAAGGAGAACAAACACAUAGACAAGUUGGAGGCUGGACCCAUUCAGAAUGGUUUGCUGGCAAACAACUCUGGAUAUAUAAUUAAUGGUUUUGUGAGUAAAGGUGCUGAAAAUGAUGGCAGUGGCUCUGAGAGUGGCUACGCUACACCUAAAAAAAGGAAAGCCAGGUGCAGCAAUGCCAAGGGUGCCGAGGGGUCUAGCUUUGUAAUAGACAAAAUGAUUGACUCUGAUGUCAAAUUUGAGUCUGAGAACUCUAAGUCGGAUUUAUUUGUUGACCAGAAAGGAGGAGCUAGACUGGACAAUGGAAAGGCCUCUUGGAAAUGUGAGGCUGCAGCCUCUGGAGCUGGUCGGGGUAAACUAAACUCUGUAGAUCUGCAGAGGAAAAACUCUGAUACCAAACCUGUAACAGGAAAGAAAUUUGAUGACCGGCCCAAGGGCAAAGCUUCUACAACAUCCUCCUCAAAGGAGGACUCCUGGUCAUUGUUUAAGCCUCCCCCUGUUUUUCCAGUGGACAACAGCAGCGCUAAAAUCGUUCCUAAAAUAAGUUAUGCAAGCAAAGUUAAGGAAAACCUCAACAAAGCAGCCUUGAACAACUCUGCUUCACCAUCUUCCCAUGCAUUUUCUCUGUCAGCUGGGGAGGUUCCAACUUUGAACUGUGUUUCCCAGGUUCCCAUGUCUGCCAUGAAGUCGGUAUCUACAGCUAACUUUUCCAAUGGGACCCUUAUAGUAGGACCUGAUGGAAGUUUCUUGGCCACUGCUGCUAGUACUGUAUCACACACACUGCCUGCGGGAGCAGAAACUUUGCCCACAGAUAUACCUUUUGCCCCAACACUCAAUGAACAAAAAAAGCCUAGCCUUUUAACUUACCCUUUAAAUAUGCAACAAGCACUGCCGGAUACAAUGCAGGGGGAACUGUCCGGUCAGUCAAAUCAACAAAGCCUGGGUGAAAUUUUUCAGAACCAGUGGGGCUUAUCUUUUAUAAAUGAACCCAGUGCAGGUCCAGAUGCUGGGGUGGACAAGCCUUCACAUGGGCAGAUGGUCUGGGAGCACACCAUCCCAUCAGCUUCACAGGGUGCUGAAGUUGCUGCCUCAGGAAAUGAGCGCCCAGUUUUCCCCAAGGCCUAUGACCUCGAGAAACGGACUAGCCCUCAGGUUCCAGAAAGUUCUACCGUGAAAACAACUGUUGAUUCUGGGGACGAGGGGUCUGGAUUGUGUUCAGACCUGCAGCACUUAGGGGAGCCACAGAAGACUGAUGCUGCUAGUCUGGGUUGUUUAGUGUUUCAGUCCAAGGUCUAUGAGUUAGAUAUUUCGCUCCAGGCCCCCCUGAAAAUGGCUUUACAGACCUCCGCCAAAGAUAAGAGGUACCAUGCAGGCCUUGAACGGAAAGAUGGCUGUGGUUCUUUCGACCUGAGGGCUGCUAUUCUCUAUCACACUAAAGAAAUGGAAUCUAUUUUGAAUUUGCAAAAACAAGAUCCCAGUAGUAUAAUCACUUAUAACGAAGCCAUGGAUCAUCCUGAACACUGAGAUUAGCACAUUGGACUGCUGGCGUUCCUUUUCCUAUGCCAUUUCACCUGUGCAUGAGAGACACCUGGCUACCGUGCCCACGUUCAGUAUCUUCAGUGCAACAGAGGAAUAAAAGCAUACAUAGAAUCGUUGGAUAUAUAUAUAUAUAUAUACACAUAAAUAUAUAUAUAUUUUGUUUAGAUAACUAUGUAUAGAAAAAUCUAUUGACAUAUAUAUAUAAAAAAAUAUAUAUAUAGUUAUUUAAACAAAUUACAAAAAGAGACUCGUCUGAUUUAAUCAGGAAAAUAUUCUUUUUUUUCCCUAGGGAUAAACAGAAAUUAUUUGAACAUUGAUACAUUUCAUUUUUCCGUCACUUUUUUUUUUUUUAUUAAAUUUUCUUCCCUUCACCCCCAAAUCUGUGCUGCGUUGAAGACAGAAGGGAAUGGUGUUUAGAAGAAGCAGCAGCAGCAUCGCAGAUGCUUUUACCAUUGUCCUACCUGGCAUGGAGAAAAUUGCACAGGAGUAAAAAUGUUAAAAAAAAAAAAGAAAUCUACUUAUUUGCCAAUGAAAGGAUGAGCUGCAAAGUAUUCUGGGAAAAAGUACCGGUUGCUUCAGUCUUAUCCUUUAUGCUAUGUCUUGUUCUUUGGCUUGUCCUUGCAGAUAUGCUUGGAAAAGACAGACGGAUUUCUAGAUAUACAUAACAAUUAUUAUUUUAUUUUUUUCCUCUUGUUUGGAUUUACAAAGGAACAAAACAUCGUAAAAGGACAACCGAAUAGAAACCGGAAUCGUGAUCCCUGUUUGAGUUAUUUGGUAUAUAUGUUUUUUGGGUUUUUUUUUUUUUCCGUUUCUUAAACUGGAUACAGUCACGGUCCUUUUGGCUCUGGAAACUUCUGUGGCGAGCGGGUUUUCUUUGGUUUGACCUUUUUGUUUUUGAUUUUUUGGACUUUGUUUCUCAUCCAUCGACGAAACACAAGAAAAACGCUUUAAGACAUUAGAAUAAUAGAAGAUGAAAAAAAAUUGAGAAAAAAAAAAAAAAAAGUAAAAACGCAAAAGAAAAGUAAUCUAUUUAGGCAUUUAAUAUAUUUAAAAGAUCUAUUAAAAAAAAAAAAA